CGAGCAUGAUAUAAAAGCGUUACAAAUUUUCAAAACCUGUCAGUACUUACUAACAGUUUGUUCAAAUCAAAAGUUCAAAAAACAAAAUCUCAAAAAUGUAUAAGGUAGGAACAUUCGUUUUCAUAUUGACUGUGGCACAUGGAAGUUUUGGUUUAUCGCUUCUCGGAAGUGGAUUAGGCUUAGGACUUGGUGAAGUUGGUCUAAAAGGAGUUGGAAUUUCAAAAGAAGUUAUAGACUUAUACUCUCCUCCAAAAUACGAGUUUCAAUAUGGCGUCAAGGAUCUCAAAACCGGAGACAACAAAGAACAAAAAGAAGAACGUCUAGGAGAUGUGGUCAAGGGUCAAUACUCCCUGGCAGAACCUGAUGGUACCAUUCGUGUUGUCAAAUACACUGCAGACAAAGUUAAUGGAUUCAACGCUGUGGUCGAACGAAUUGGAAAAGCGGUUCACCCCCAAGUGGUUAUCCAAAAACCUCUAUUAGUACCAGUAGUACAGAAAUCUGUUGCUUUACCAGUAAUAUCAAAAGUUGGAUUAUCACAAGGGCUUGUACUUGGUGAUAGUUUAGGACUGCGUAGAGGACUUGGAAUUGGUGAUGGUUUAGGAUUGAGUAGAGGACUUGGAAUUGGUGAAAGUUUAGGACUUGGUAAAGGACUUGGACUUGGUGAAUCCGGAAUUUACUAGAUUUUUUGAUAGCUUAAAUGAUUUUUGUUACAUAAGUUUUAGAUUUAUAUGUUAUUUAUUAUGUUUAAACCAUGUUAAAACUGACUGUUAUGCAUAACCAAUAA